AUGUCUAUUACCCACAUUGUCCUUUUUCAGUUCAAAGCAGACCUGGCUGCUGAAGUCAUUCAAGCUGUCUGUGAGUGUAUGCUGUCACUAAAAGACAAUUGCGUCGAUCCCACCUCACAAAAGCCCUAUAUCAAAUCCGCGUCUGGCGGGAAGGAUAACUCUCCCGAAGGCAUCCAGAAUGGAAUUACACACGCAUUUGUCAUGGAGUUUACGAGCGCUGCAGAUCGAGACUACUAUGUACAAAGGGAUCCAACUCAUCUAGGAUUCGUCAAGACUCUUGAUGGCCUCAUUGAGAAAGCACAAGUCAUUGACUUCAGCGAUAGAGUUCUUUGA